AUGGUCACGGGGCUCCUGCUGUCGACGUUCACAGGCCUGGGGGACUGGAGGGAAGGAAGCCUGGAGCUGAGCGUCUUACAGCGCUUGGCUUCGCUGCAUCCCCCUGUAGCCCGUCUCAGCCCAGGCCUGGGUCCAUCCGCCAGGCUCCAGACGGGGACUGGAGUCCAGACUGACAUGCUCAGGCUGUGUGACCUUGGAGGCUUGUUUGGACAUCACCAGCGGCUUCGCGCCUUGAAACCAGAUCCGGUUCAGGGUCGCGCCCAACGUCAUAAUUGCUGGCUUGAUGCAAAUGGUGAAACCGCUGGUACCGCAAUCAGGGCGAGGAAUGCGCAAGAUCACCGAUGCAUCCGUGAGACCGCAAGCACUCAAGGUCUGGUCUGUUAUCUUCAAUCUGAGCCGCUACGCUACGCUACGCAUGGGUACGUACCGGAGUUGCUUGCUGAUAAGAGGAAGCCCGAUAAGCGCCGCCGUACCCGGUAUUCUACACCCUCCAUCCUCCCGCUUGCGUCGUCUGCUACCAUCAACUCAAGACGCAUCACCCUCACCCUAUUGGACGCGCACCGUCAAAGCACACCCAGCAUUCAGACAGCUCGGCAUUUGCACAUCAUGUGCGAGACAUGCACCAGCGACUUGACAGUCCCAUGA